AUGGCCGCGAUGUUUUCAUUCAAUCGCAUAGGGACGAGCAUUUUCAUCUUCACAAUCCUGUUCAUCGUCCUGCUCCACUUCAGGACAUUCAGAACACAGCACCAACCUGCUGGCACUUCGAUCCCCGCUGGAAGCAUAUACCGAUUGCCUCCCAAGACCGACCCCAAUAAAUUCGAUUGGGCUCGGCGGGAGCAGCGAUAUGCGGUCCAGCAUUUCACCACGUUGCCUGCACCCUCGGGGCAGCAUCUUCCUCAAGUGCAAUAUGCCUUCAACAAGACCGAAUCCCGAACUGCUGAGCGGGAGCGCAAGCAACGACUUGCUCAGGUGAAGUUGACAAUGGCUCGCUCAUGGGCGGCAUAUCGAAAACAUGCAUGGUUAUCUGAUGAAGUUAUGCCAAUUACUGGAGGCAAGAAGAAUAACUUUGGCGGUUGGGCUGCUACCCUAGUAGAUUCUCUGGAUACCCUCUGGGUCAUGGACAUGAAGAAAGAGUUUGCCGAAGCGGUUGAUAGUGUUGUGCAAAUUGACUUCUCCACAACUUCACAAGAGACGGUCAACGUAUUUGAGACGACUAUCCGCUACUUGGGAGGCUUUCUCUCAGCAUACGACCUCUCCGGAGACAAGCGACUUCUGGACAAAAGUCUUGAGCUGGCUGACAUGCUGUAUGCCGCCUUUGAUACGCCGAAUCGAAUGCCAAUCUCCCGUUGGGACUUUCACGCCGCCAUCAGAGGAGAAGAGCAGUUUCCAUCCGAUCACGUAGUUCUGUCAGAGGUCGGAUCUCUUACUUUGGAGUUCACUCGUUUGUCGCAAAUCACUCACGAUCCCAAAUGGUAUGAUGCCGUGGCGCGUAUCAUGGACGUUCUCCAGGCCCAGCAGUAUAAGUCUCUACUUCCAGGGCUGUGGCCCACCAUUGUAAACAGCAGAGACAUGGAAUUCUUCUCUCAGGACUCUGGACAAGUCUACAGUCUCGCGGCGCUGAGUGAUUCCUUGUACGAAUACCUACCGAAAAUGUAUGCAUUGCUCGGUGGCAGCACGCAGUACGCUCAAAUGUACUUUGGAGCCAUGGAUGCCAUCAUUCAGUAUUCUCUCUUCAGGCCUAUGGUGAAAGAGAAGGACCAAAACAUCCUCAUCACGGGAGCAUUGAGAGUGGAAGGUGGUGAGAUCACUGUCCAGCCCGAACUCCAACAUCUAGUCUGCUUCGCCGGCGGGAUGUUCGCGCUUGCUGGCAAGCUCUUUUCCAACGACACCCAUGUCGAGAUUGGCAGCCAGCUGACGAAUGGCUGCGUCUGGGCUUAUGGAAUUUCUCCCACGGGCAUCAUGCCGGAGAAGUCCAACGUCGUGGCCUGUGCGCGGGGCCAACCAUGUGAAUGGGAUGAAUCUCGAUGGCAUCAAGCGGUGUAUAACGACCUCCCUUUCGACAAUCGGAACACCAACGCCACUGAGACGAUCAGAAGGCAAAGAUUACCUGCUGGGAUCUCUGCGGUCAACGAUCCGAAGUAUCUAUUGCGGCCAGAGGCUAUUGAGAGCGUCUUCAUCAUGUACAGGACUACAGGUGAUAGGGCAUUGCAAGAUACAGCGUGGAAGAUGUUCAGGAGUGUCUACGCACAUACUCGCACGGAUAUUGCGCAUGCGGCUAUUGUUGAUGUGUACAACAAGACGGCGCCAAAGGACGACAGUAUGGAGAGUUUCUGGACGGCCGAGACGCUCAAAUACUAUUAUCUGAUCUUCAGCGAGCCGGAUGUCAUCAGUUUGGACGACUUUGUAUUCAAUACGGAGGCGCAUCCUUUGCGACGCAUAGAUUCGAUCCGUGGUGGUGGCUGGUAA